GUCGUACGGGCGUACAAAAGUCUUGAAAUCGAGAAAACUGCUUUACAAGAUGCGUUAGAAUCGUUGUUUCCGAAAGAAGCCGCUGACCAGCAACCCUCUCCUUCGGAUGCCGAUUCAGCAAUCGAAAGUGUCAAGGCUGCCAUAGCUACUCUCACUCGAGAAUACUCGAAAAAAGAGGCGGCGUUUCAGAAUGAUAAGAAGGCGCUGUUGGACGAGAAUGCAUCUCUCAGAGACCAACUCAAAAAAGCAUCCGAAAAGUGGGCCAUUGUAGAGAAGAACUUUAAGAACUUGAAAGCCACGGCGCAACAAGCUAAUGUGGACCGGGAAAGAGAGCUCGUUGAGCAUGGCAAAGUUUUAGCUGAAAUGCAGACGGAAUACGCCAAGGAGCAUCAGUCGCUUGAAGCCACAACUGAAGAAACGGCGGCACUUACUAAGAUAAUUAGCCAAAAGGACGAAAUGAUUAAUCAUCUGAAAGAACGAGAAGCCCAGCUGAUUUGUCAAGUUUCAACACUGAGUAAAGAAGUCAAGGAGCUCACAGAGAAGGCCUACCAUGUUCCUUCUGUUCAGAUUUUGAAAGAUGAAUUGGCUAAUUUGAAGGUUGAUCAUGCUCGCGAGCUAGUCGAGGCUGUUGUGAAAGCGAAGCAUGCCGCGCAAGUAGAGGAGCAGAACCGUGCUUCGGCGAAAAUCGCCGAAUUAGAGGAGAAAACUAUGAUUCUGUUGGAAACGAUCGCACAAAGCGAGGAAUCGCGAAAGAGCGCCUCCGACGCUUUCCUGCAAUCUGAGAGGGAGAAAGCUGUGCUCGUUGAGGAGUUGUGUCAGCUGCGCAGACGACAUAAUGGCCUUGAUAACAGUGAACCUACAAUUGACGACGUGGUAACUCGUUUGCAAUUACUAGUUACAGAAAUACGCGAAAAAAACCCUGGGGUUGACAUUUUUGCUCUGUUAGGUCCCGAUGAAGAGAAAAUUAGGCUGAAGGAUGAAUACCGUGACUUGAAAGAGGAGUGCGAUCAUUGUAAGAGUCGCUUGGAAAUCCUGACAGCCAGUAACGCGCAUGUCGCAGAGAGUAUGAAUGGCUCGAGAGAGGAUACGCUGGGAGCUGUAGCCAAAGAGUUCCAAACAAAAAUCCAGAACCUGAUAAGUGAGCACGCCAAGGACAGAGCUCUUUACGAAAAGUCAACGCGUGAUCUCCAUGCGCGAAUAUCGGAGUUGGAGCAACGUGAGGGGCGUAUUGUGUCAGAGAUGAGAAGAGAGAUGAACACCAGGAUUUCUGAAAUGGAAGCCGAAAUGCAAAAGCAGCGUAGCAGAGCAAUCGAUGUUGUAGCAGAGAAGGAAAGAGAGAUUGAUGAGGCGAGAUCUGUUCUGGCAUCCUUCCAUAAGGAGCAAAUGAGUGCGCCUGCUGAUCCGUCUCAAGCAGGCAAGGUGACACUAUCGAAAAGAAGAUCUUUCGAACACAAAAUCUAUGCCAACAGGACCUGCAGUACGGAUGGAAGUAGCGUAAGCAUUCCCGGAGCGAACGAGCCGCGUAACAUAUUCUAUGAAGAGGAACUGCUGAAGAAAGAACGUGAGCUUCAAGAAGUCAGAAGUGUUUCGCAUCAUCUGGAUUACCGACUCAGAGAAGUUGAACAAGCAGCUCUGGUAAAGGAGCUUGAACACCAGAAGAAGACUCAAGCCAUGAGCGAGGAAAUUACAAAGCUACAAAGUAGGCUUUCACUGCUAGCUACUGGAGGCGAGAUGGAAUAUUUACGUAAUAUUUUCGUUCAAUUCAUUCGAUCGAACAACUCUUCUACUAAAAAGAACAUUCUGAAAGCUAUGGGAAUGGCUCUGAGAUUGAGUACCAACGAAAUGAUGGUCAUUGACAACAAAUAA